GGUGCUCGUUACGCCUUCUCAUAGAUAAAGUUGCUUUGCUUUUUUUUAUUUGAGGUUUACUUUUGCGAUAAUUUUGUGUCGUUGACGUAUUCGAUUUUCAAACUAUAUCAAUUUAUUGAAAAUUUACUAGUUCUUUAAUUAUAAUAUUAAUUUUAUAUUUAAAAUGGCAUUAAUAUUUUAGUUCUGUGAUUGUAAAUAGAAACGAUUUGAGGUUAUUAAAUUACAAGUGGUGUUUUAAUUAAUUUAUAACUUUUCUGUGUGAUAUUUUGGCGAUUUGUGCCGUAGACGAAAAUAGUUGGUGUUUUUUGGCGGCAAUUUUCUUGGCAUCGUGUUUCACAAUCAUCUUCUGUGGAUUGCCAAGAGAUUUGGAAAGAAUGUGUUCAUUGUACACCGGCGCCGUUGGGCGCUAACCAUAAUAUGAUGCGUACACUGCUGGCAUACUAUGCAGACAUGAUGGCAGCAAGCCGCGGAGCGGGAUGCGCGCGCGACUGCAGCGGACGCGGGGACUGUAUGAACGGUACCUGCCUCUGCGAGAUCCGGUACACGGGAGACGAGUGUGCGGGACAUAAUCUCCCAUACCAUGCGUGUAUUGGAGGAGUGUUCCUCGCAGUGUCGUUCGUGUGUGCGGUGCAAUUGACGCUUUGCAUCGUCACUGAGUACAGGCGCUUAAAAGUGCCGAACUUCCUAAGAGCUUGCAAAGUGACAACACAGAAGAUGCUGUAUUUGGUCGCGUUCCUGGCGUCUCUUAUACGUGGCGCGUAUUUUAUUUCCCCUGAAGCAUUCCAAGAAACAUGGGCUACAAGUCUCCCAUCUGCCUAUUAUCCUCUGCUGCUAUCCGGAUCAUCACUUAUCGUCUGCUUCUGGGCUGAGGUGUUCCACCUCCGCGAUGUGCGAUGGGAGAGACAGCGUUUCCUCUCGAAGUCAUUCCUGGCGUUCGUCACCUUUAAUGUGAUCAUCUAUUCACUCCUCUUCGCUGAAGUGCUCACCAUCAACGUUGCUAAUACUUCUAGUGAGAAGAAGAGUUUCUACCAGCACGUGUUCAACGGUUGCUACGCGGUACUUCUAUUCGUGGUGGUUAUUUUCUUCCUGAUCUACGGCGUCGAAGUAUAUUUCAAGCUUCGCGGUGAAUUCUUGCGCGAGACUAAGGUGUGUACAAUCGUAACAUCGAGACCUGGUCCCUCUUCAGCCGCUGAUGGUGAUGAUGUACAGGAUACACUGGUCAAGCAGGGCGUCCAAACGGACUUAGCGGAGGUGGACGGAACAGUGGAUCCACGUUCAGUGAACCACUCCCAAUUGCACCAAUCCCGUUUGGGCCUCAUAAGUCAAGCGCUGAUGCUGAUCCUCAUCGUUGGCUUCCUCGCCUCUGAGACAUUGAGCGAAUUUUGGAAAGCCAAGGUUCCAGUGGUAUCUCGCAAUUGGCACGACCUGGUCUUCCGUUUAGCUGAAAUUGGUGUCACGCUAUGGUUUCCUUGUGUUCUGUGGAACUGUAUGGCACCCGAACAAUUGUGGAUAUUGAAUCCGAGACGUCUGCUCGCCAAGCAAUUGGACGAGGCCAGGCUAGCCGAUUUACUAGGACCCGGGAGUAACCAGGACAACAAGCUGGAGCUAUAUAGGAUGACAUGGCACCAAAAAUGGCGUCUAUUUCUGGCUGUGACGCGUAACUGGUUCACUAUUUGCCGGGUACUGUACGUCUCUUUCGUCUAUCGAUUCCCUCCAGUGGCUAUAGGGGGUCUACCAAAUCCUUUGAAUGUGGAAACAGACUCCCUCGUUGGUAGCAUCGGUUCCGUCCGUGAUUGCUGGAUUUGCUACGACAGCUCACGAUCGGAUCCCCUGAUCAGACCUUGCCGAUGCACGGGCGACGUGGCUGCCGUUCAUCAUGAGUGUUUGAAGAGAUGGCUCAUUGAGAGCUACGGCACUCCAGACAGUAUGAAGUGCAAAGUUUGCAACACGCCAUACAACGUUGAAGAAACUAAUAGGCUACUAUGGGAACGCGGCUUCACGGGCGUCCACUUCCUCCGUAUCACGUUGGCCUUCAUCUGCAUGUCGCUGUCGGGUUUGUUCGCGUGGGGCGUCGUUCAGCUGUACCCGUCCCCCGUCGCACGCAUUCUUGGAACGGGGGGAGCGUUGCUCGUCUGUUAUGUCGCCGCCAAGUAUCUGGGUUUCCAUACUCUAACAGCAUAUCGUCGCGCAAGAGUUGCCUCAAUAAGAAUUAUCACCGAACCAUUAGAUGACGCCGAGCCGCAGCUGUGCACCAUCAGCAAGACAGUUACCGUCGAAAUUGCCUCAAAAAAUGUCCUCGAACAAGCACUGAAGGGUGAGAAAUGAUGUGUUAAAACGGCAUUCUGUUAAAAAAAAUUUAAAACAUCAUUUAAAGUACUGGAGUAUUAUUACAUUUUAUCGUCAAAACAUUCGAAGUGGUUUUCAUAAAACUCCAUAAUUUUUAUUAAAAUGCAUAACAGAAUUGUCGUGUGACCGAAAAACAACUGAAAGGUUUAAAUAAUUAUAACCAUAAAUGCAGUUAUAACUUUAACGUCAUUGGUUAACGCUAAAACUUAUUACGUUAAAAUUUACAAGUGGUAAUAACGUAAAAUCGUUGCAGUGGUAUGUUGCCCCAAAAUGGUAAUAAUGUUUAUGUUAGUAAUAUUGUUGCAACUUAUAUUGCGUCAAAAUGGUAAUAACGAUAAUGUUAAUGUUAGUGAUACCGUUGCAUAGUUAUAUCGCGUCAUAAUGAUAACGUCAAUAUUAAUGUUAGUAAUAUAGUUGCAACUUAUAUUGCGUCAAUUUGGUAAUAACGGUAAUGUUAAUGUAAUAUCGCGUCGAAAUGGUAAUAACGAUAAUGUUAAUGUUAGUGAUACCGUUGCAUAGUUAUAUCGCGUCAUAAUGAUAACGUCAAUAUUAAUGUUAGUAAUAUAGUUGCAACUUAUAUUGCGUCAAUUUGGUAAUAACGGUAAUGUUAAUGUAAUAUCGCGUCGAAAUGGUAAUAACGGUAAUUAUUAAUGUUAGGAAUAUCGUUGCAACUGUAUCAAUGGGUAAUGUAAAACGGUAAUGGUUAAACUACAAUUGUCGUAACGAUCGGUAAUGUACAAAAGUGAUUGUGAUAGUUCUUUCAAGCUGUUUUAAGACUGUCGAAAUUUGCCAAAUUAAUCGGUAAAAAGGUUAUCGUCUUGAUAGCUGUUUCAUUCCUUUUUUAGGUAAAAUAGAUAUUGAUUGAGUACCAAUUAGUUUUUGACGCAGUUUUUUUUUAAAAAUAAUUUGUUAAAAUUAAACCCAUUUAUGAAUUUAUGUGAGAACUGUUUAAGUUGACAGAAAAAUGUUUGAUGUUAUAUCCAUAUCAUUGUAUAUAAGAAAUACCGCCAUAUUUUAUCAAGUAUUAUUAAAAGUAAACUUGUUAGAUGGCACUAUUGUGAUCUUACGUAGAGGGCCAAUUCUUUAGGGCGCAUUCGACCACACUGCUUUCGUUCUCAAGAAAAGAGCGAACUAAUUAUUUGAAAGGCCGGCGACGCACACGCGAGCCUUCUGCCUAUUUGACCAAUACUCUUUAGGGCGCACUCUGCCAGAUUGUUUUUGUUCUUAAGAAAAGAGCGUACCAAAUCAUUAAAAGCACGUCGACGCUUUCGCGUGCCUUUUGCCCCUUUGUCCAAUCCGAACAGAACGUUUUAGUACUCAAAAAAAGAUCGUACCAAUUUCUUAAAGGCCGGUGACGCACGCGCGACCUUUCUGUCCGUUUGUCCAACUUUCUUUAGGGCGCCUUCGUCCGGACUGUUUUGGUCCUUCCUGAAAUAAGGCCGCCAACGAAGUCGCGAGUACUCUGCGUCUGCCCGUUGCUCCCAG